UGAAUAAAGUUGCCUGUGUACCUCGUCUUACUACAGGGAAGUUAAGUAAAGGACAGGCUACUAAAAUGACAGGCGGCAUAGGCGACAGUUCAGGCAAGGUCCUGACCCUCGAUGAUCUCAUCGAGGCGAUGGACAAGCGGGAUAGAACGCCGAGGAAUGUCCCCAAAGUCAACACCUUCCACUUCAAUGGGGAACGGGUGUCUGAAUGGCUGGACCUAGUAGAGGAAGCCUUGGUGGGAGUACCAGACGAGACGAAAUUCAAAUGCAUCCUGCAGUAUGUGCUCCAUAAGCACCAUCCGGAAGUACAGAAGGUGGUCGACGACGCCAAUGGCGACUGGGCUAAAUUUAAGGAAGGAAUGCAGCGGAAGUAUAGGUUGGGGGAUGACCUGCUGACUAUGGCGGACCUAGAGGCAAUGAAUAGGGACGACUUCACCACCAUUGGGGCAUUCCUGCAAGAAUUCAAAAAGAAGGCAAGAAAGGUCGAGCAGCACCAGGUGAGGCUGCAGAGGCAGAAACGGAAGGACAGGGAUGCGGCUGGGUCGCCAGGAGUAAAGAAGAUCAUAACCGACGUAUUAGCAGGGCUAGACCCGGUGAUACAGCGGAAGGUGACCGCGACAGUCCAGGAAAAAGGCAAGGGAGCCGUGGUAGAGGAGGCUACCCAGGAGGGAUGGGAAGAGGAGGAGCCGGUACCUCCACACCUUACGAAGGCGCAGCCAUGCGGGAAUUACGAAGUGAUUACCUGCCGGAACACUGGGCCAAGGAGCCUCAGGAACAGGCCCAACCCUGGCUCUUUCACGAUUGAGGAGUCAGAAGAUGCGCAUCGGAGGCUUAGGGAAGAACCCGAGGAGGAAGUAGAAGGAGAAGCCUUCUCGCUCAGCCUGUCGGAUGUGGGAAAGGCCAUGGAUAUGGUGGCCACGCACGAGAUGACCGAUCCGGAUGCCAUUCAGGCGCUGAGGGAGCAGGUUCUGGAGUACCCCCGGAUAGGGGAAAUGGAGUUGGUCUACCGGCUUCCUAAGGGGGGAAUGGACCCGGCGGAUGGGGAAGCUGUAGAGGAUGCGCCUCCAGUUGAUGGUUUUCUGGACCAGGACGAGGACAUCCGCCUCCACAUCAAUAAGUGGUCCCCGCGAGUCCCCAGCUGCGUUGACCAUCCUAUCUGGCACGCGCCUAAGGGGUAUGAGCGAAGAGUUGAGUUGGUGCUCAAGCCUUUCGAAGAAGAGGAUCCCUGGGGUGGUAAGGACGUCCAAUGGAUGACUAAGUUGGCACUCACAGGUAGUCAUUGUAUGGUGGAUGAGGUACGGACAAUAGAGGAGGGCCCGGACAGGGUAAGACGUCACGAGGAAGUAAUGGGAGGAAUGUACCUCCUCGUCAACACGCUUCUGCAGGAGUCCCUUGAUUUGGAAAACUCGCUAAAUCCAGCCGAAGGAGGAGAUACUGUGUUGGAGAGUCAGGAUGACGAGUUUGAAGAGGGAGAGAUCAAGGAGGCAUUCCGCGCAGAGGAGUAUAAAGGGAUUUACCUAGAGUUGGGACUUCUCUUAUCCUGUGAGAUGCGUGAUAGAGGCGCAAGCCAUAGGGCGCAGAUGAUGAGGGAUCGCUACCUAGUAAGGGACGGUCAUCUCUUCGUAAGAAGGAAAGUAGGGAACCCCAGGCGGGCGGUAUGUGGUCGCAACCAUCAGAUCGACGUCAUAGCAGCACUUCACGAUGGCAUUGUAGGCGGACACCGGAAAAUUACUGCCACAUAUGCCAAAAUAAGUGAGCUAUACUACUGGGACAGGAUGAUGGAGAUGGUUGGGAAAUUUUGUCGUUCCUGUGUGCCGUGCCAGGAGCAGUCUCGUCUAAGGCCAGGAGAGCCACUGCAUCCAAGGCUGGAGAGAGAGGUCGGGGCCGUAGUACACCUUGACCUAUUGUUCAUGCCCCUUGGAGAUCAUGGCUACAACUAUAUCUUUGAUGCGCGCGAUAACCUAUCUGGCUUCGUAGAUGGACGGGCAAUCCGUACGAAGACUGGGCCAGUUCUGGUCAGCUGCAUCGAGGAGUAUUACCUACGCUGCCCGUUCGUUAGGGAAUUCGUAAUGGACAGGGGGUCGGAGUUCACCUGUCAGGAGGUGCAAGAGUUGCUGUCAAGAUAUGGGGUAGUAGCUAACUACACCACGACCGCCCACCCACAGGCAAAUGCUCGGGUGGAAAGGGGUCAUAGUACCAUUACGACUCUAUUAGCAAAAUGGACCGAAGGUAAGCCCAGCCAGUGGCCAAGGUAUAKGAUGUUGGAGGCGGAUCUGAGAGGGAAGGAGCUGCAGGAAGCAGGGUUGGAGUCACGGUUGGGGACCCUUGAGGCAGAAGUCCGUGAGCUCAGGGCUCUGGUGACUAGACAGGCCGCCACCAUCUUGGAAUUGAGGCAGCAACUUCAUGGCAGCAAGGAUGAGGCGGAAGGAAGCAGGCCAGGGGGGCAGAUUCAGCCAAGACAUGGCGUAUCGGAGCAGCCAGCGGUGGCGGAGCCUCAGCAAGAGGCACCUAUGGGAAGAGUCAUUUUGGAGCCUGAGGAGGCAGAGGCCAAGAGGAAGGCUGAGAGGGAAGCCUUCGAAUUCAGAGCCCCUACGGAGCUUGCGGUGCUACCCACGAUGGCUGCGGACCGUGCCAUGCCACCGUCACUUGGGGAGAGACUGCCCUCGGCCAGUGAUAAGCCUCCCCAAGGCUCGACAGGAGGAUCCUUGGACGUGCUACUGGAAGCAGUCCACUCUAUGCAGAAGGAUGCUGGCUUGUUUUCACCAGAGUCCAAGUUGGAAGAGCCCCUGGAGACCGAGAUGGGAAGUGCAAUGGAGGGCAUCAUCGCAGGCAGGCCCCAGAGGUUGGAUACUCCUGACUAUGAGCCAGAAGGAGCAAGGGCGCAACUAGGGCCCAGUCCGCGAGAGUCGGAGACAGGAUCUGAGAGACCCAGAGAUGUGCCUCAGUGCCAUAAGUUGGACGGAGAAGCCAGGGAAACCCCAUCGCCAGCAGGGCCCCAGCGGAGGAAGAAAAGGCCUAGGAAGUCGUUUGACUCGACCUGGUUCUAUUGUACGAAGGAAGAGCACAGGGCAUUGCAGUGCCUCAGAUUCCUAAAGGACCAGGCAGACGGGAAGGUCUCGGAGUAUGAUGGGAAGAUGUAUGAUAGGCAGGGUAGAGUGGUGGAGCGAGYUGUAGAUGGGGGUAGGGCUCAGUUGUACAGGCAGAACCAGGAGGAGAUGAGUGAGUAGGGUCUGGUUCAUGAUAUUUCUUUGACGAUUUUGCUAUUACUU